AUGAGCAAAGUUAGCGCUUCUGCCGUCAGAGACAUUGUUGUCCAGAUUCAAAAUGCUUCCAAGGAGAAGCAAAGAAAGUUCACUGAAACCGUUGAACUCCAAAUUGGUUUGAAGAACUACGAUCCCCAACGUGAUAAGCGUUUCUCUGGUACCAUCAAGCUUCCCAACGUUGCUCGUCCUAACAUGACUGUUUGUGUUCUCGGUGAUGCUUUCCAUUGUGAUCAAGCCAAGGGUGCCGCCAUGGAGUUCCAAUCUGUUGAAGAUCUUAAGAAGCUCAACAAGAACAAGAAGCUCAUUAAGAAGCUCGCCAAGAAGUACGAUGCUUUCCUUGCUUCCGAAGCUCUUAUUAAGCAAAUUCCUCGUCUUUUGGGUCCUGGUCUCCACAAGGUUGGUAAGUUCCCUACCCCCGUUUCUCACAACGAUUCUUUGGUUGAUAAGGCCAACGAGCUCCGUGCCACCAUCAAGUUCCAAUUGAAGAAGGUUCUCUGUCUCGGUGUUGCUGUCGGUCACGUUGCUAUGACUGAAGAUCAAUUGAUUGCCAACAUUAUGUUGUCUGUCAACUUCCUCGUUUCCUUGUUGAAGAAGCACUGGCAAAACGUCAAGUCUUUGUACUUGAAGUCUUCCAUGGGUAAAGCUUACCGCUUGUUCUAA